GUGGCGGUCCUGUGGGAUGGGUACUCCUUCGGGGGUAUCCUACGGGGGUGUCUUGCGGGUAUCCUGCAUUAUCCUGUUUGUCCUGGAAUGCAGUGAUGCCUGAGUGAGACGCGGAGGCAGGCUAGGCAGUGAAAGUGUCGGGAGGGCGGCGUGGAUGGCAGGCUGAGCGUCAGUCAGUGCCGAGAGGGCGAGGUGUAGGGACGUGCUGCUCUUCGCUCCUUGAGUCACUCGGUCAGUCAGUCCAGACCCACGCGUCGCUUGCGGUCGCUCAUCAACACAGGAGCCGCCUUGAGUUCACUGCCCUACUGACGGUGCAGAACGUCUUCGCAAGUCGGAUCCCCCCAGCGGCUUCUUCUCCUUCGUCAGGCGGUUCUGCGUGGCCGUUAGUGCGGUACCGUUGCGAGGUCCUGAAGGAGGGGCUGCGGUGCCUCUGGGGCCAGGGAUUUCACCAGUGUAGGCAGCAGCAUAGGAUGUUCUGAUCGCCUGCAGCAGAAAUGGCGAGACAGACAGUGUUAAACCACCACCUGCAGUGCCUCCUGCCGGUCCUGUUGUGCUUGGGCCUGCCACCCACAAGAGGCAGUCAUGUCGUUGAAUAUCCCAAACUUAACACCUUUACUGUUGGCGGAGACUAUAGCGAUCCGUUCAGCAAGGUGGUCGGCGCCAGCUGGGCUCAGGCGCCUGUGUACAUCCCUGGGAAUGCUGAAGGGGUAGAGCCUGUGGCCCCCCACGUGGUAGAGGCCACGCCGGUACUCAUGGCCCGAGCAGUGGCCAGCUCUGCUCCUACCACAGAAGCCGCUGCCAUCAAGCCCUCCUCGAAUGGCGAGCUGCUCACCAAGACAGUGUACGGCUUCCUGGACUUCACCACUACCGUGGCGGGCACAGUGAUGGUGUUCACGCCGCAGAGCAGUGAUGAGGAACCCAAAGCCACCACCUCCGUGGCAACUAUGUCACCGAGGAAGAGUCCACCCAGUGAGCCCCGCGCCAGGCCGGCGCCCACCCCGACCCAGGACAAGUUGUCCGUCACAACCGCGCCUCCUGCGGAACCCGAAAAGUUGAGCCCUCAUGGCUCCUCCGAUCUCGAGUCUUCUUUCUUUGAACCCACCACAACUCUGGCGCUUGAAGAACUGUUCUCCGCGACGCCCCGCGUGCCUGAACCGCAGCCACAGUCCAGGGCUCAGACGACAACACCAAAGCCAAAGCCCACCACUCCGUCGAGUCGUCCCUUCGCCUUCCGCCAUCGUAACAAGGAAAGCGAUUCCUCUACUGGAUCACGACGUCGCCUUGAUCUCAACUUUUUGACACGCAAGAAGACCAACACGGGGAGGCGCAGAACGGGCGGGUCCACCUUGGUGCCUAUCACGGUGGAGGGCACCGGGACCCUGACGGCGAUAGCCACACGAGUCACGCCAGCGCCGCCACCGUCUCGCCUGCCGCUGGCUACGCCAUCUGAGGUGGUGGUGAGCGCCACGCAGGGUUUCGCUUCCCUCAGUGUCAUCGGCCCCUUCAGCACGGCAGUCAACAACGAGCUGGGCCAAGUGAGUCAGCACUAUGACCUCCUGUCCAGCGAGGCGCCGCUGCAGGCACGCCGCACUUUUGACCUGGUUGACCUGGACGCCAACACGGCCAGCAGCUUCCCCACCGGCAUGGUGACCAAGAUGGGCGGCACCAUCGUGGCUGGCGGCCACACCACCGUGCACGAGACCAGCGUCAUUGGCACCUACAUCGACGGCAAGUACGCGCAGGUCCUCAGGAGCACCUCGCGCAUCUUCCACAACACCCCGGCGCCGCCGCUGGUUGUGCCGCCCAGCCCCACCGUCUCGCCCGAGUACGAGACCGUCAAGUCUGUCAUCCAAGGGUCGGCGACGCAGUUCAUCACGCCCCAGGCCUCCGCCUCCCUACCCCUCGAGUCUCUCUUCUCGGAUCAGUCCAGCGGGAACCGUGACAGCCGCACCACUCAGGAUGACGAGUCCCACAUCCAGGCCAGGCUGAGGUCAGCACUCUCCAAGAGGCGCGGCUCUCACGACUCAGCCCAGACUCGUCCACGACAACACGAUCCAUUUGUUGAUGAGGAAGAGGAUCACGACCUGCAGAGAUCAGGCACCAACCUCCGUCCUUCUUUCAAACUGUUUACGGAAACUUCGGUUAGAAAGACACCGGAUGUUCGGACGUCAGUGCGGCGCGCCCAAGAGGUGAGCGUCCACUACGCCCAGCAGCAGCAGGACCCCCAGGUGCGUACGUUCCGCCCGAGAUACAAGCCCUCAGCCACGCGGCGCUUAUCAGGCGGUAGACCCACCAGGCUGCGACCCUCAGCAUCUGGCCCCAAACGACCAACGCGUCCAGCUUCACGCUUUCGCCCAGGCACUGGGCCACGCCCCAAGCCCACAGCACCACGGCGACCUUUGUUCCCUGAGGCUGAGUACGAGCAGCCCAGUGCACCUGCCGACCCUGAGUACCAGCCGUCUCCCGAGGAGGCCGCAGCCGUAGCAGCUGCUGGCGAGGAGACCGUUGGCAUCGUGACUACCACCAUUGCCAAUGAAGAAUACGACGCGGUGGUGGAGCUGGCCACUGUGCGCUCCCUUCACACCUUCCGCGUGGGCACCACUAAAAACACCCGCUUCGUCACCUUCACUAAGACUUUCACCCUCGACAUCGAGCCGACUGCCGCCCCAGAGCUGGACACGCCCAUUGCCCCCGUCGACGACCAACUCUAUGAGACGCCUCUCUUUGAAAACAUUCUCGACAGCGGCUCCAGGGACGUUUCCACGCUACCGCCCGUUGAUCUUGGCGCCAGCGACAUCGCGGCGUUGUUGGAGACAGUGACAGAGACCUUCAGCACCACGGAGGUGAUGGAGAAGACGUCAGUGCUGCCCGUGCUGCAGUCAGGCGGCACCACCUUCCACACACUCACCCAAACUUACCACAUCACCCGCGUGGUCACAGCCUUCAAGACCAUGCCGCCUGUCCAGGCCUUCUCCUUCAUCCCUGAGAACUCCCUCAACGAGUUCAACGGCCAGUUGCUGGCCGAGGGAAGCGAGAACGACGAGGCGUUGCUACCAGGGGAGGUGGAGCUCGAUCCCAAUGGCCAGGUGGUGGACCCGAGCCUCGCCGAGCUGGCUGGCGGGGAGUUUAACCCGGACGUCCUGGAGCAGCAGCUGCACCCCGAGCUGGCGGCGGCUCUGCAGCGUCAGCAGCAGCAACAAACACUGCCGCAACAGCAAUCCAAGCCUGCCGGCGGAGUGCCCCAGCUGAUGUCGGGUCAGCUGCCGGCGCCCGGUGAUCCGUCAGUGGCCACGCCCGGCCUCACACCAGAACAAGUGCAACAAUUAGCAUUCCUGCGCCUCCUCAACCCGUACGGCUUCGGUGCAUUCCCGCCCGUCAACGGCGCCGUGCCCAGCACCACCGUUACCUCCACGCCCGUCACCAUCACCACCGACAUCACUACCACCUCCACCCAUGUUUUCCGCGUCAUCUUCAACGCGCGUCCCAUCAUGACCACCAUCAGCACCGUGGAGGUGGUGCACACCACCCUCACCACCUACAGCACCUCCACCGUAACAGUGACACCCAACCUCCCAGCCUUCCCAUUCGCCUUCCCCUCGCCCUUCCAGCUUGGCUGAGGCCACCCGCCCCGUCCCACCCCACCCCGCCCCCAGAGUGCUGGCCGCUCACCCUUCACACUAACUCAUCCUGCUCUCACACUUAACAGUACUCACUACAUUUUGAAUCAACACACACACACACACACACACACACACAACGGCUUAAUAUCAUAUCAUGUCAUACUCGUCUUCGCUCAAACCCUCGAUACAAUAAACGAACUUAAGUCUCCCCAAAGAUAAAGUAAAAUUGAACAACUCAAGAACAAAGAUUUCUAACCACAAAUAAAGUUACACCCCAGGACUAUGGAUGCCGCGGCCCAGUGUUGUCAGAAAUUAAAUGAACUGUUUACAAUCUGACUCAGCUCACGGUCACAAACUGAAACAUUGAAUGUACGUAUAUUUUCUCACCGCAACCCUCUCUCAAUGGGCUGGCCACACAUUAUGCCUUCACAUAACUUUCUUGGUAAUCUCUUAUAAAUACAAUGCGUAAAAUUCAUGAAAACAGAAGUUAGUGAAAGAUAUUUCAAGAUACGAUUCUUCACAACACCGGGCGUGCCAUUUACAGAGCCCAUGCAGCGGAUCGCCCUGGACACUCCAAUACUCUCCCCUCAGCAACUACACAGCCUCAUCACCCACCUGCAGGCUCAUGAUGCUCCUCCACGCCCACACCUCAUCUUCCACUCCUCCACCACGCUCCUGGGAUACGUAAACAGUUAAAGGAAGCCCACAAGUAGAAGCAAACCGGCGGUAACAUCGAAAAGUCACCCUCACACCAAAACACUGACGGCCAUGUUGUGUGCGGGAGUUGCUAUAUCCUGUUUAAGUAAUCGAUUAUAAUUCCUCCUUUUUUAUUAAUUAUUGAUAUUUUGGUGCAACAGUGAGAUUCUUUCCUGGUUUUUUAUUAAUAUUGUUAGCAAAACAUCAAACUAUCUUCUUCCAGGCUCAAAUGUUAAGAGGUAUAUGAGAAAUUCUUUAUAGUGGUACCCGGGCAAGGAUAUUAGAUAUGAGAUACCUCCAUCUAGAAAUUCUAAAAGGUGUAAAUAUAAUGGAAAACAAAUAUAUAUGUACAUAGUUGUAAAUAUUAUAUAAUAGAUAAGUGUCUUCAUUCGUAAUUCUUAGCUUUUCUUAAGGCUAGAAGGAUUACUUUGUCUUUGAUGGACGAAAUUAUACGUCUCUCUCUCUCUCUCCCUCUCUCUCUCUCUCUCUCUGAGUUGGUUUCGUGUCGUCUCAGCUUUUUCAUUAUUAUUCCCACUAUUUCCUUACAGUUAAAAUAUAUUUUUUACACUCAGUAUCUGUGAAUGUUACGUGUAUGUCAGCGUUUCCUUCUCCUGGAGUGAAUGUGAAUGCAGAUCAUGUAGCUUAGUCACUGUAUACAAAUCAAUAAAAUCCGUGACUGUACUAUGAAUAAAUCUGAACAAAGG